CACAUAUUGGGUUUUAGUAUUCAAAAUCGUUAGUUAUUGACAAACGAUACUGGUCCACGAAUUGUCUGAUGAUGAAUUUUGGCCGUAAGAGAUAGUUAUUGAAGAGGAAAUCUGAGUGCUCGAUUGCAAGUGAGGACUGCACAAAUACAACCCAAUAAAUUAGUGAUGGCCUUAAUGGUUAAUUCACAGAGUUCACCAUUUAUUGCCUAUGACAAACUCCCUUGCUGCAAAUGCAAUAGAUUUGAAAUAAUCUCAUCACAAACACGAUACUCACCUGGGCAUCAAUGCAGAAGGAAGAAUUUUAUGAAGGCCUACAAGUUAUUGAGGGAUAUAAAACAUUCGGGAAGAAGAGGAACAUUUGGCUGGAGAGGCAUUGUUGCCAGAAUAGAGCUGUCGAACCCAGAUGAUUAUGAGGUGGGGAGACUGCUAGGAAGCUAUGGGUACAUGAACAUAACCAGUUAUGCUUCUCCCCAAACUGGAGGCCUAGCAGCAGGUGCAUUUGAGAAUGCUAGUGCAGGACUGUCAUUUGAAGACAUUGGAAAAUUGAGUGGCCAAGAAGUUGGUGAGGGCAAUGUACAGAUCAGGCUUUACUCUGGACGAGUUUCUCGAGGUCCUAGGAUGGGAACUCGAGUUAUAUUUAAGGCUUAUCCUGGACGACUGACAGGUGGAGUUGAAGCCGAUGUGAUGGCUGCAAAUGAGCUAGCAACUCAUGCAUUUCUUCAGGAUGUUCCAGAAGAGGAAAUGUGCCCUAACCUUCAGAUCCUCCUUGGAGGUUUUCAGACAAGUACAGGAGAGCAGUGGCUUGUUUUCCGAGAUGAUGGGAAAUCAACUGCAGCAAAUUAUGCCACAAUUGCAAGGGAAGCAACAACAGAGGGGCGGGCUGUUGGGGAAUGGGAAUUUUGGGAUCGUUUCAAUAGGGACUUGCCAAUCAAAAGACGUCAAGUAUUCAUAAUCAAGUUACUACGUGGUGCUUUUAAUGGCCUUUCCUACAUGCAUACCCAUAAUAGACUGCACCAGAGUCUUGGACCUGCUUCAGUUGUCCUGAACAUAAUAGAGGAAAGAGAUGUAGGUUACCUGGUGCCCCGUCUUCGUGAUUUAGCUUUUGCAGUUGAUAUAAGUGAUCGGGCAAUUUUUGGUUCAAGGGAUCUGCCUUUAGAUACAGCUUCAGAAGCACUGUCUGAGGGUUUAUGGCGCAGAGCAGCAAAAUCUGGUGCUUCAACACCACUAGAGAGAAAAGCCUUUGGAAUUGCAGAUGACAUAUAUGCAGCAGGCCUUCUUUUAGCAUAUAUGGCAUUCAUUCCUUUCUGUGAAGCUGGAAGUAUUGAUGGUCCAUCUCUGCAGAGGCUAUUAGAAAGUACUUUUCAACUUGAUAUGGAAGCAGUAAGAGAGUACUGUAAAGCAGAUGAUCGCUGGACAGAAGGAGUGAAUUUCCUUGAUCUUGGUGAUGGUGCUGGCUGGGAACUACUCCAGGCAAUGCUAAAUCCCAAUUAUCGUUUACGUCCAACAGCAAAAGCUGUCUUAGAUCACAGAUUCAUGACUGGAGCUGUUCUGUGACUUUGCUUCUGGAGUACGAGGAUAAUGUUGCUUCUUGCUUUAUAUAAAAGAGGUUUGUUCAAGAGGCUGCAAAGUAGAUUUCCAAAUGGCAGAGCAUUCCGCUGGCAUCAGUUAGCAUUCUGGAGUUCUUUUGGAUAGCUUGCAGUCUUUCAUCAGAAGGUUAACAUGAUGUCCAUACUUUUGGUACUUGAGGAGGGCCAAAUUAGUUAAGUUUGGUUGAAUGCAGGACAAGCCCUAAGCUUACAUGCUAAUUUGUUUCAUUUUUCAGAGAUGCUCCUUAUAGAUGGCAGAGUGGUGUUCUUUUCUUACAACUAUAUUUUUCAAAAUAUUCCAUUGGCUGGCUGAACUCGACUUAUAAGAAGCAUUUCUGAAGAAAAAAAAUAUUAACUUCUAUUUUUCAAACUUUUCUGGCUAGAGUGAUUCUAUUCUUGAACUCUGCAAAUGAUUAUGAAGUGAAUAGGUAGUGAAGAGGAUAUCGGUUAGAAAGGUAUUUGGAAUUAAUUUAUCUUAGGUGAUGAAACA